AUGGCUGAGCCUGGGCCGUCCCUGCCCGGCUCUUCUCCCCUUCUACUCUCUCCCCUGGGAGAGUGUCCUUGGACUCUGAGUGGAAGCCUGAGGGCAGAGAGCCACCAGCAUAUGGUCUGUCCCCACGCUCUGUCGUUUCACCACAGCCGAACAGGUGUUCGACCCAGAGGGCUGGGCAGCCGGGCCAGAAGCUGCAGGACCAGCAGCCCCGUGCCUGGCUGUCCCCACACGUCCUGUUGCUCAAGUUCACGGGCAGCCCACUGUCGAGGGGGUCUGGAGGCAAGGCCGCUCCUUCCUGAGAGACUCUAGACACACCAGCGGGUCAGCCUCGCGUGUGAUGAUGUACCCGGCCGGCCCUGGGUCUGGAGAUUCCCCCGAGGGCUUCCCCGAGCAGCCAAGGCUCCAGCCGCAGAUUGGAAACUGCACCCCGCAGGCACUGGAUGCUUUCUUCACGUGUCGCAAAAAUGCUCUCCUGGCGAAGAGCUCGGGCUCCCAGGUAGAGGGCGAUUUCGCCAUGGCCCCUCGGGGCCCCGGGCAGGAGGAGUGUGAGGGCCUGCUGCAGCAGUGGCAAGAGGAGGGCUCGAGCCAGGGCCUCCCCGCCCAGAGCCAGCCGCCUCUGGUGGAGAAGGGGCUCUCACAGAGCAGCCUGGCGCGCCUGAUGGAGGACCCGGGGCUGCCAGCUGACGCCCCCGAGGACAAGUGGCCCCCCAGGCAGCUGAGUGACCUGCGGGCGGCCGAGAGCCUGGAGGAAGUGCCCCCCGAGCUGCUGGGCCAGGAACCCCUGGCAGAGGCGGCGGGUGCCCUGUGGACAGCCGUGCCCCUCCAGGCGGGGGCCCCCUACGCAGACUGCGCGGUCCUCCCAGUGGGCGUCCUGGCCGUAGAGCAGUGGGAGGAGGACCCGGCCGUGGUAGCCUGGAGCAUGGCGUCUGAGCCUCUGCCUCCCGAGGAGGCCGCCCUCUGGCCCUUUGAGGGCGUGGGGCCCCUGCCACCUCCCCCGAUGGAGAUCCCCUAUCACGAGAUCCUGUGGCGAGAGUGGGAGGACCUGUCCCCGCAGCCCGACCCGCAGGGCUUGCCAGCGGGGGACGGCCCCCAGUUCCAGUUCACGCUGAUGUCCUACAACAUCCUGGCCCAGGACCUGAUGCAGCAGAGCUCUGAGCUCUACCUGCACUGCCACCCAGACAUUCUCAGCUGGAACUACCGCUUCGCCAACCUCAUGCAGGAGUUCCAGCACUGGGACCCCGACAUCCUCUGUCUCCAGGAGGUCCAGGAAGACCACUACUGGGAGCAGCUGGAGCCCUCCCUACGCAUGAUGGGCUUCACCUGUUUCUACAAGCGGAGGACCGGCCGCAAGACAGAUGGCUGUGCCGUCUGCUACAAGCCCGCGCGUUUCCGCCUGCUCUGUGCCAGCCCUGUGGAGUUCUUCCGGCCUGGCCUGGAGCUGCUGAACCGGGACAACGUGGGCCUGGUACUGCUGCUGCAGCCGCUGCUGCCCGAGGGCCUUGGCCCCGUCUCGGUGGCCCCGCUGUGCGUGGCCAACACCCACGUGCUGUACAACCCACGUCGCGGGGACGUCAAGCUGGCGCAGAUGGCCGUCCUGCUGGCGGAAGUGGACAAGGUGGCCAGGCUGUCGGAUGGCACCCACUGCCCCAUCAUCCUGUGCGGGGACCUGAACUCCGUCCCCGACUCGCCUCUCUACAACUUUGUCCGAGACGGGGAGCUGCAGUACCACGGGAUGCCCGCCUGGAAGGUGUCGGGACAGGAGGACUUCUCCCACCAGCUCUACCAGAGGAAGCUGCAGGCCCCGCUGUGGCCCCGCUCCCUGGGCAUCACUGACUGCUGCCAAUACGUCACCUCCUGCCACCCCAAGAGAUCAGAGAGGCGGAAGUAUGACCGGGACUUCCUGUUGCGCCUGCGCUUCUGUACCAUCGCCUGCCAGCGGCCGGUGGGGCUGGUGCUCAUGGAAGGGGUGACGGACACCAAGCCAGAGCGGCCUGCUGACUGGGCUGACAGCGUCUUGGAGAAGGAGGAGGCACUGGAGCCAGAGCCGGUCUCUCCCAGCGCCAUGGGCAGCCUCCAACACUGCCUGCGCCUCACCUCCGUCUACACCCACUUCCUGCCCCAGCAUGGCCGCCCUGAGGUCACCACCAUGCCAAUGGGCCUGGGGACCACGGUGGACUACAUCUUCUUCUCUGCAGAGCCCUGUGAGAAUGGGGAGAGCACAGAGCCCCGGCCGCCCCGGGACGGCACGCUGAAGCUGCUGGGCCGCCUCUCCCUGCUGUCUGAGGAGAUCCUCUGGGCGGCCAACGGGCUCCCUAACCCCUUCUGCUCCUCGGACCACCUCUGCUUGCUGGCCAGCUUUGGAGUGGACGUGGUCGCCCCCUGAGGCCCUCGAGAGGGCUGCUGGCUCAGAGACUGGACCCCACUGCUGGAAACAGAGCCCAGAACUCCCCACUCCUCUGUUAGAUCUCCUCAGGCCCGCCCACGCUCCCUCCCCGUGGCCCUGCCCCCUUCCUGCUCGGGGCCCGGGAGAGGCAGAAGAAGGGGGUCCCCCUCUUCCGUGUGUACAGCACCCCCUUGCUUGUUAAUGACCAGGGUUGCGGGAGCUCUGAUGUCACUGGUUGUCUGCUUUCAGGCCGUUUCUGGGGGAGCCCUUCCUGCCCCCACCACCGCCCCUGCCUGCGUGGCCUAGGGGCCACACCUGAGCUUGGGGGUGUGCAUGCAUCCUGGGGGGCCGGGCCGCCCUGGGGUACACCUCCCACUGGGCCACCCAGAGGUGGGAGCGUGGUCUGUGCCCUCCUCUCUCUCCCUGCUUCUCCUUAGGCUCCUCAGUGGCCAGGGCACCCUCACCAUCGGCUCUGGGGAUGCGCUGUAGCCUCCCCCGAGCUCACAGGCAGGGGCUGGCCUGCUUCCUCCAGCUCUCCUGGGGGCCGCUGUGUGGUCACCAGUGAAUGGGGUUUGCAGCUCUUCAGGGAUGAAGCCAGCGACCUCCAGCAUCCAGACCAGGGCGUGGGGAGGAGUCACACUGGACUCCAGCCUCGGGGGAAAUCUCCUUUACCUCUGCAUAGUUUUGGGGGUCUCUCUUCCCACCCCUUUCACUUUCUGCUGCCUCCUCAGCCCUCCCUGAAGGCCUCGAGCUCAGGCCGCACCUCAGCAGAAGGGGACCUCGGGGACAGGGACAAAGAACCUCAGUGCCAGGGCCAGGCCCGCACGCCUGUGUCCCGUCUGUUCCAGCAGGCCACACCCCACCCUGCAACACCUUAGUCAGCAUCGCCCCUGGCCUCUGGCCCAGCCGUCCCCAUGGCCCGGACACUGUGCCCUCAGCUCCAGCGCGGGCUGGGGACACCCAGCUGUCGGUGCUCUCCCCGGUUUGUUCUGUUCUGUUAAUUGGAAGCCAACGUCCUUGGUGUAAGCUCUCCCCCGGGUCCUUGGAGCAGGCACCUUGGUUGGUGCCUGCUCGUUUGGGGGAUCUGGCCUAGUUGAGCCCCAGGCCCACCUCCUGUACUCCACUGUUGACUCCUUUGCCCCCCACGUGAUGACCCUGGACAGAGCCUGCUUGCCUGUGUCCCCCGGAAAGAGGCUCAGAGCUGGGGAUGCUUCCAAGCUCUCCUCACGUUUUCUUGCUUGCUUCUGUUUUGGAAAUGAAAUGGGGUUUGAAAUGGUCACUGAAGCUCCCUUUUCCCCAAUAAAGGUGGACGUUUGCCCCUC